UGGGUGGUUUUGCAGUGAGCAGGCAUUUGAGUCAGAGCACAUAUGCUUCAGCUGUGAGAGGGCCCACUCCCAUUGGCUGGCUGGCAUCCCAGAGCAGAGGCAGAGAGAGGCAGAGAGGGUUGAUUGUGAGAGAGAAGCUGAAGAGAAAUAUAAAAUCUAAAGCAGACCUGAAAGAGGCAAAAAGUGGGUUAGAAAUUUGUCCAAAGUGAAGACAAACAGACUAGAAAUUCUCUGAAUAGAUAUAUUUGUUUUGGAAAUAGUUAGUAUAUUCAGUUGAAAGGUAUGGCAGAUAUAGCUGUCAAAAAGGAACAUGCAGCCCAUGCAGAUGUACCCUACGAUGAUGAAGAGGUUGCUCUUGUUGGUGCUGCCACAGAGCCCGCAGUAGAUGACGAUGACCCAGUUGAAGAAGUGGACCUGGUGCUGGAUGCCGGCUCUGGAGGCAAGAGUGAAGCUCAGAUGAAUGGGGUCAUGGUUCUCUCUCUAUUAGACAAGAUCAUCGGUGUGGUAGACAAGAUCCAGCAGACCCAGAAUGGACUCGAGGCUCGGCAAGAGGCCAUGGAGAAGUCCGUGUCAACCAUCCAAGGGGAGCUGGGGAAGUUGUCCAAGAACCACGUCGACACUGCCAACACUGUAAAUAAAAUGUUGGACAAGGUGCGCAAGGUCAGUGUCAACGUCAAGACGGUGCGGAGCAACCUGGAGAAGCAGGCGGGCCAGAUCAAGAAGCUGGAGAACAACGAGCACGAGCUGCUCAAGAGACGCAACUUCAAAGUCCUCAUCUAUCAGGACCAAGUGAAGACACCAAAGGAAUCCAAAUCCAGGACAGCAGAGACAGCUGAAGGCAAAACAGUGGAAGGCCUAGAGCAAAUACCCGAAGAAGGACAAGAAGGAGUUAAAGCAAGUCUCAAUUCAGAUGAAGAGAUUGAGGUUGAGGAAAUUAUUGAAGAGUCUCGUACGAAACGUCUCCAACGCACCACCAAGCAGCAAGUGGACAACAUUAAAAAUGCCUUCUCCAAAGAGAAAAUGGAGAAGACCAAAAUAAAGACCAAGGAAAACCUUGAAAAGACCAAGCAGAGGACCCGUGAGAAUCUGGAGAAGACAAGGCAGAAAACCCGUGACAACCUGGAGAAGACGAAGCAUAACCUGGAGAAAAAGAUCAACAAACUUGGAACCCGCAUGACCCCCAACCAGGAGCGGAAGGCAAAGAUAAAAAGCUCCAAAGAUAAAUUCAAGAAAUCCCUCAGCCCUGAUCACACAGUCUAUGCUCGCUCCAAGACAACCGUGUACCGGGUCCCUCCCUUUACCUUUCAUGUAAAGAAGAUCCGGGAGGGGGAGGAGGAGGUGGUGCAAAACACAGAGAUUGUGGAAGCGACGGACGGAGAGGCACAGCCAGAGGGAGAGGAGAACGGGCUGGGUGUGCAUGUGGAGGUGGAGGAGGGGGGGCUGGUGAAUGUAGAUGGUCCAGAGAUGCAGGGUCUGGUAGAGGUGACUGAGGACUCUCAGCUGGUCAGGGUGGAACCAGAGCAUCUAAGGAAGGUGGGAAGCGAAUAAAGGUGCCAGGAAGACAAGUAAAGAAUGAGAAGAAAAAAAUGGUGAUGAAUGAGUUUAAUUGAAAGGACACAGUAAUGAUCUUAGAGACUGUGUUGAGGUGAUCACUGUCUGACACCUCAUUUGCUCUCUGUUGUCUUUGUAUCGUACCCAACAACGAUGACUUCCAUGUUUGCUUAUAUCUAUUAUGCAAAUAAUAGAUAUCUAUAUAAAACAAUGGUAGAGUUUAAAAUAGAUUGUUAUGCUAGACUUAUGUGUAUCAAGUGUUUCAAUGUUUGGUUUUCUUUUGUUUCUUUGGUUUGACUAACUGCCUGUCUGAAAGAAAGGCACAGUAAAAAGUUUUAAUACCUCAUAAUGAAGAAAUCAUAUUCAAUCUUUCACUUGUUUGGCAUGCACAUUGUUAUGUAUGACCGGUGGUAGUUUUUGAUAUGGGUGAUGUGGCUUUGUACCCAAAGAGGCACACUCUGGGCAUAACCAGAUGGCAGAAAAUAAAUAAAUAAUUUGUCUGGACUGAA